AUGGACGACCACAUCACCGCCCAGCAAGAGGAGGCUCAUCCCACGAAGCUAGCAUUCACCUCCAUUGCUGCACCAGCUCCAGAUACGAGCGGCGAGUCAGCAUUAGCUCCUUCUGAUCUGCAAUAUUAUGACCUUGACACGAAUGGGCCUGCUGCCACGAAAAAGGAGGUCUUCUCAUAUUACGCUUACUACGCUGGCAACAAUGGGAUAGGAUCCUUCCAAUACUCGAAUCUCCUAUUCCAGAACUUGAUCUACCAAGCAGGCUUCAACCCGAAUGUUUUGCCAUUGGGCAGCUCCAGCUGUGAUGUUGAUCCGACUGCACCGUGCCAUGUCUUCUGGAAUGGGGGCACAAAAUCCUACAGCUCUGUCGUCCUGAUCGCCUCGGGUCUGACUUUCCUGUGUCAAGGCUUGGUCUUCAUUGGAGUAGGAAGCUUGGCCGACUAUGGCAACUGGAAUCCCUGGGUCGUCCGAACGUUCUCUGUCAUAUGUUGGGCGUUUGAAUUCGGAUUUCUCGGUGUUCGAAGGGCGUACCAAUGGAGAACAGCGAUGGCUCUCUACAUCUUGAGCGCUAUCACUUUCUGGGCCUCGUAUGUCUUCUUUAACGCCAUCUUUCCGAAGCUCUCUCAUGACCUGCCCGAAGUGCGUACUGCACAUGACGAAAUGUUGGAGGGCAAGAUCAGCGGAGAGGUAUAUGAACAUAAGUGUUCCAUGGCUCGCUCAAAGAUCAUGAACAUGAGUUACGGCUGGAACAACGUCGGAUUUACAGUAUGCGGUGCCCUCUCACUAGCCGCACUGGCAGGUAUCGGUGCGAAUGACUCGACUGCUCAAAACAACUGGGGAUAUUCGGUAUCAGUGGCUGUGUGCACUGGCUUUUGGAUAGUUCUCGCCAUCCCUUGGUUUCUAUGGGAAAAGAAACGUCCGGGACCACCUUUGCCGGCAGGAGACAACUACCUGACCUUCGGCUUCAAACAGACCUGGUUUGCUGCGAAACAGGUCUGGACUUUGAAACAGACUUUCUUCUACAUGGUAGCAUUCUUCCUGCUGGCGGACGGCAUUUCCACCAUUAUCACUCUGGUCUCGAUCGCACAGACCAAAGUGGUUGCUUUUUCCGCCACCCAGAACACUUAUCUGAUCAUGGUCCAAGGAGGAUCUUGUGUCGUUGGCGUUUUCGGCGCCUACUACGUCCAACGACUUUUCAAUCUCCGAACGAAAACCAUGCUUCAGGCCUGUAAUAUUGGAUGCGUUCUCGUCGCUCUGUGGGGCAUGAUUGGGAUUUGGACGACCAAGAUCGGCUUUCACAAUCUGUGGGAAUUUUGGUUUUUCAACGCACAGUACGGCUUCACCAUGGGUGCACAGUUUUCAUAUGGGCAGGCGUUCAUGGCGGAACUGGUGCCUCGGGGGAGGGAGUACAUGUUCUUCAGCCUGCUCGGAAUUGUCUCCAAGGGUUCUGCUUGGAUCGGUCCCAUUGUUUCCAGCGCCAUCGUCGACGUGAACGGGAAUGCAUGGACCCCGUUCCCAUUUGUGGCUGCGCUGUGCCUUGUGCCUACGAUCGGUAUCUUCUUCGUCAGCGAGUCCAAGAGUCGGCUCGAGUGCGCGGAGUAUCUUGCAAAGGAAGCUACAGGCCUGCGGAAAUUAGACAUAACUGCUGCGGUAAAGGAAUGA